AUGGCUUUUCUACAUUCAUAUGGAUUUGCAGCUAACCUUCCAUUAAAAAAACUAAUUUACAAUAGAAGAAGUUUAAUUAUACCCAAAAUAUCCAAAUUUAAUGUACAAACCAGGUCAUUUACAAACACACAUUUGAGCACGUCGAAUCAAGAAUCCAAAGCCGAUUUAUUGAAUCCGGUUCCGAAGAAUAUUCUUGAUUUCCAACGUAACACCGAUGAAAUCAACCUAAUGGAAACCCAUAGCCUGACUAUGUCGAUGAUGAGAUCAAGUAAAUCUGGAUUUUUAAAAAAGAGCGUUUGGGAUAAAUAUAUCGAAAGAGCAAUAGAAUUGGUGGAUAAAUUUAGUGUUAAAAACAUAUCGAUAUUGAUGAUAUCAGUGGCAAAAUCUAGAAUAAGUAACACCGACUUUUAUGACCGAAUGUCAGAAAGACUUAUAACCAAGUGCAAAAAUUAUAUAAAUACAUAUAAAAUGAACCCUUUGAAGUUUUUUGAUGAUGACAAAAGAUCAGAAUUUACACCCUUCAACAUAUACACGAUAUUAUCAGCAUGUUCAGUGUCUGGCUAUAAAAAUGAGACUCUGUUUAGAUUGUUAUAUAAAGUCUCUGAAAUCAAAAUACAUUACUUUAACAAACUCCUUGAUGACUGUGUUAACUUAAAAGAGGGAUUGGAACAUUCUGAUGUUUUGGAAACAUAUACAAAGGAUGAUAAGUUUACAUUCGAGGAUGUGGCGGGAAUACUAUAUGUAUACUCCUGGAGUAAUUUUCAAAUUAAAGGAAUAGUCCCUAAAUACUCCGAUCUAUUCAAAAAAAUGUAUCAUAUUGGAGCCAAAAAGGAAGAUAAAUACAUAACAAUAGUGGGAGAACUUACGUCCAAAUCGUUUGCAAUAGCUAUAAAUUCGCUUGUCAAAUUAGGGGAUAGAACAAUUGAAUUGUACAAUAUGGGAUUGGAAUACCUCCGUAGAGAAGUAGAUUGCCUACCUUGUCGUGAUAUAUGCAUGAUAUUUAAUUCGAUUAUUAAAAUUAGGAACUCUAUGCCAGAUUUUUACGAAGAUGUGAAUGCAGUCCAAAUUUUAACAAACAAAAUUGUAGACAGACUCUCGGGAGCCAAAUUGGACGCUGAAUCAAUGGUCAAUAUUUCAUCAACAUUUGUUAAUAUUUUUAACUCAAAAACAUUUGUACAAGAGGAAAUUGGAGAUAUUAAGAACAAAUUUAACAAAUUUUUUACUGAAUCUAUAUAUAACUUGGUUAGUGAAAAGGAACUAGAUGCCCCUAUUGUAAUACAAUUAUUAUAUAACUCAUCCAUUCUAGGAUUCAUCCAACCCUCAAUGAUUCUCCUGUGUAACGAUAAUCUAAAAUCGGUGGGAUUAACCGGAACUCAACAAAAUAUUUCUGAAUUUUUAACAAGUUUGCUGUUGAUAUACAAUAAUUCCCGAUCCAAUAACCUUAAUCAAUUAAUAAAUGAUCAUGUAGUUACAGUAUUAAGACAAUACUCAAAACGAUUAAAUUAUGUAUUAUAUCCAAACACUAUGGGACUUUCAAAGACUAAAUCAAGACCAGCCAGCCUCUAUAAUAUUUUAAAAUUGGAAUCCAAAGGGCUGUUAGAUGCGCCCUCAGAAGAUAUAAAUAAUGAUUGGAAGGAGCUGACUAGAGAGAUAUCAGAAUACUCAACUGAUAACCUUAAUUUACUGGCAACAAUGUUAAACUCAAUGGGGAAAUUUAAACAAUGUAGAGAUUUUAUCAAAUUUGUGGUUCUCUCAUCGGAUUAUAUUAAAAGGUUUUUCAAAGGUUAUUCACACCAACUGGGAUCAAAACCACUCAAUAUUGAAACUAUAUCGGCAAUAGUGAACUCUUUGAGCAGGUACAGAAUAAGGAAUCUUGAACUGAUGGAAAACUUUUCCAAAUUAAUCAAAAUUCAUAACGAUAGACUUUUGGAAGAUGGAAAUUUUGAACAAAUUAAUUAUGUUUCACUUUUCAACAUAAUUAACAGUUACUCUAAACUAGGUCUUCCCCAAAAUCGUAUUUUUCACAUUAGAAAUAAAAAUUUGUAUAAACAUUUAAGAAAAACUGAAAAAUAUGAUAUUCAAAAUCAGAUGUUUAGUUCUAUUUCUAAACUAUUGCUAUCAUGUGAUUUUGACAAAAUUAAUAUGCAAAUGGUAACAAACUGUCUGUACAGUUUGUCACUUGUAGGAUUUGAUAAGUUCAGUAGAUUAAGUGUCUUGAAGUUGAUGGAACGGUUAAUCAAAAGGUUGCCCAAAGAAACUGAAAUAUGUAAAAGAAACUCAAUUGAUAAUGAAUAUGCUUCACCGAUUUUAGAUUGUAUAGCACAAUUUGAUGGUCUUGUUGAACAUGAAACUACUGGAACUAAGGAACUCUUUUCACAACUGAGGAUAGUAAUGAUGAUGCUCUAUUUGAUGAUAAAAAGAAAUUAUUUCAAGUCAAAAGUUUUUGAUAUUUAUUUGAAAAGAAUGAAAAGAGUAAUUUUAGGACAAAAUAAAGAUUUGAAAAUGGGAAGAAAAAAGAUUAAAAGAGACAUAGAACUAAUUGAAAAAGAAACCAAACCCAUAACUCAUUUAAAUCCCAUGUCAGGUGUAAAUAUAUGA